AUGCUAUGGAAGGUGCUGGACAGGGCCGGGAUUCCCGCGAAGCUGAUCGAAGUCAUCCGCCAAUUCCACGAUGGAAUGCGGGCCCGGGUGCGCAUGGACGACAGAGAGCUAUCGGACUGGUUCUUCGUGACACAGGGCGUGCGACAAGGAUGUGUGCUAUCCCCACUGCUGUUCAACAUCUUCUUCGCCGAGGUCCUCGAGGUCGUUGUCAUCCGAUUCAGCGAGGAUGAUGUUGUUCUGCGGAGCCUGGUGUGCUUGGAGGAGGGGAAGACGGAAGUCGGGGGGGGGGAGGAGACACCCCUUGACCGAGUACGGAGGGCAGUACGGGGGAUGCUGUAUGCCGAUGAUGCCGGCGUCGUAUCGAGGUCUGCAGAAGGACUGCGAGAAUGAUGACCAUCAUCGUUGAGGUGUUCCCGCGGGGAGUUCGGGCUAACCGUGUCGGAGAAGAAGACGGAGACGCUCCUGAUGCGCGCAAAGGACAAGUCGACUACAACAUCACAGCCCGCCCCGCCUCCACCACUGACCAUCGAAGCCGCGGGACAGAAAUACGCCCAGACGACCGAGUUCCGGUACCUCGGUGGCCUCGUCAACGAACAUGGCGACCUCACCCGGGAGAUCAACUACAGGAGGAGGGGAGCGUGGGCGUGCCUCAGGCGAUAUGGCCGGGAGUUCUUCGACAGACCGCCAGCGCCAUUCCGACUUAAGAUCCGCCUGAUCCAGGCGGAGGCGAUGGAGGCAUUGCUGUACGGCUGCAUGACAUGGUCACCACUC